CCCGCACUAGGGAUGAUAAUUUCGACUUGACCCGUUUUACCCGACCUGUUUGGCCUAUUUUGGGCAGGUUUGACCGCCCCAUAGACGGGGUGGGGCGGGCAUGAGUACCUAUUAUCGACCCAACCUGCCCUGACCCGCCCCAUUCUCGACCUGUUCUUGCCUAAAUUACACGUAAUUUUACUCAAAUUACUUAGUAAUUUUCUUUUAUUAUAUCAUAUUUUAGUUAUAAUAAAGUUGUAAAUAAGUGAAAAUCUCAAUUUCUCCAAUAAUUUAACUACAUUUUAUCACAUUACGGUUUCUUUCUUGGUCUUUUAAUAAAAAUAACGAAUAUUUCUAAUAUUUUUCGCAUAAACUACAUACUCAUUGGAUCGACCGACCCCGACCAGUGCCUCUAAUAAAUUAACCGAUCUGUACUGACGUGCCACAGGACGAGUAUGGAUAUCGAGAUAUCCGCCCAAGACCUGCCCAUUAUCAUUCCUACCCCGCACUCGAAGCUUCCAGUACUUCCCGAAACCCCUGAGUUUUCCACUCGUCUCUCUUCUCUAGCUGUAACCCUCUACCGUUCCUAACUCCCGGAAAAUGGCGAAGCGUUUGAUUCCAGCCUUCAAUCGCAUUUUGGUCGAGAAGAUUGUCCCUCCUUCCAAGACUACCGCCGGCAUCCUGCUUCCGGAGAAAACCUCCAAGGUAAACCACCAACUUUCAUUCGCUUAACACCCCGUUCUUUCCUUCUCUUUCACUUUGUCGACUAUUCGUGUUUGCGACUGCAUUGCUUUCUUCUUGAUUGAACUUCAGCAGUUGUAGUUCCUUCCCAAUCUCUGUUGAUUCUCCUUGCUAGACGAGCUGAUUUACAUCCGGAAUAGUUUCAGCGGUGGCCGCUAUUGUCUCUUGUCUGAUCGGAUUAGACGUGGGUUGAUUACAAUAGCUGUCUAUUUUCGAGUAUCAGUUGUAAUUUGUUUAACAGAUCAAAUGGUCCACUUGAUUCGAAGCUUCAUAAUUCUGAUCCCGUGAUUAUUAAGUCGACGAACUCAUUUGUGCAUUUUAAUUUAUUCAAUGGAGCCUCGGCUACCACUAGGCACUAGUACUAUAUGGCUAUGGUGGAAUUUGGAACUCGGUGUAUCAUAAAUUUUUCGAGGAUAUACUGGCAAAUCUCGUGGCUUUGGUUUUAUGGCUCCGGUUUGAACUUGGAGUCUUUAAUGUCGCAAUUGUGGGCUGUGGCUGUGGAAAUGCUGAAUCCUUCAUGCACGUCGAUGAUUGAUGAAUCCUAUACUUACCUUGAUGCGGAAGCAAUGCUUGUUGGUCUAAUUGAUUGUGAGCUAUCUGAUUCUCUGCUUGCUGUGUGCUUGUUUCAUCAUUCUAACACUUGAUAUUUCAGCUGAACUAUGGCAAAGUAGUUGCUGUGGGUUUUGGACUUCGUGACAAGAGUGGGAAUCAGAUUCCUGUGGCGGUGAAGGAAGGAGAGACGGUUCUUUUGCCCGAGUAUGGAGGAACUGAAGUGAAGCUUGGUGAUAAGGAGUAAGUUCUAUUUUCUUUGGGAUGUGAUUAGUCUUUGAUGAAAUAACAAGUUCAUUGAAGAUGAUGGGUACUUUAACAUUUCCCCCCUUAAUCUAGUUAGUUUGCAGUUUUAAAACCAUUGACAGCUAAAUGUAUGGUAGUGUUGAAAUCAUUGCUUUAGCGAGCUAGUCUAAGAAUAAUCUCUGCUAUAUAUAGAAACAUUUCUGGGUCAUAGCUUAGUCGCAUUGCAUCAGGUUCUGGUCUCAUACAGACGCGUUGCUCCUUUGGCCAAAAUGAAAUCUGUAACUGUGGCAGCUGUUAUUCAUAUCAAUGGGGAUGGGAGCUUGAUAUCCUAUUACUUCUUCGUUUCUGUUACUUUGCCUAAGUUGAAAAAUCUAUACUUGCCUUGGCUUACAUGGUUGGCAGUUAGAUUUCUCCUCAGCUUGAGUGAACUCUCUUCUUACCUAAACGAGCUGCUGAUCAAUUGCUUUGUUUAUGACAUUGUUUAAAUUUUCAGGUAUCAUCUCUACCGGGAAGAUGAUAUCCUUGGAACUCUUCACCAAAAUUGAUACAGGAGGAGCUGUACCUCGCAUUGAUGGAGUUGGGGCUUUUCUAGUGUUGAAAACUGGAAAGUUAGAUUUUUAAGCUUGAAAGUUCUGGCAUUAGGCUUCACUCAUUGGGAAAACAUGAUUAUGAACCCUGAUGUAUUUACGCGUACUUGAGAUUGCUGAAACGUUCCACUUUUGUUCUGUCGGCUGAUGGCGGGAGGGCACGACCUUAUUUACGGUCGUGCGACCUUAGCUCUCAAUUCCAUUAGAGAACUAAGCAGCCUUCUCUCAAACUUACGAGUAAGCAAAGAAAGCAAGAACAAAGACAAAGAAGAUGG